AUGAGUUUGAGUUCCAACACCUCGAAUGAUUCCGACAUGAACACCGCCGAAAGCCCCCAAGAUGUCGCCAUGUCCUUUGACCUCGACUCCCAUCUCAACGUCAACGCCCCCGUUCCUCAAUACGUGCGAGACUCACCUUCGUCUACACCCACUCGCUCGUACGACACUAGCAGCCUCCCAGACUACAAAGAGCCAGGCUACGACUAUGUUGCGGGUUUCGGCUUCCGUCGGACCCCAUCCCCAGGCUCCGGGUCCGACCAUCUCGUCCCCUCGCCUACCCAGCGCCGCACAUGGGAAGUCAACACCGAUGUGCGCAUGCAAAUCCUCUCUGACCGCCAGGAUCGCAUCGAAAGCCGCCAGUCCGGAUCUGAAGCCAUGCAGGAAUCGCUGGACGACCGCAUGGACAUGAUCUCGGAGCGUCAGGACGUCGAUUCCAUGCGCAUCAGCAGCAUCCGCAAGGACCUCGAAGAGAUUCAGGACGCGCUGCGCAACGGGUUUCGUGGGACCUGGACCAGCGAUCAUCCCGCAUUCUGCAGACUGGAGCGUGGUGGUCGUCCCACGGGGCUGGCAAAGAAAGCGCGCGCUCAUCCCUUGCGAGGCGCGAAGGGGAGCUCUGUCAAGUAUAAGCAUUCGCGGGAUAACGAAAAUGAAGAUGGGAUCGACGCGCUUCCGUGUCCCAAGCGCCGCAAGCCAUCGCCCUCAGCCGAGACCAGACCUGUCGUCCUUCCUCCCAGUGAUCAUUUCAGCGAUAGCGACACAGAGAUGAUGGAAAUCGAGAAUGUCAGUGUCAUCGAGUGCUCAACGAUUUAUGCCAUGGCAAAGAACGCGAGGCCUACUACAAAGGGCGAAGCGAAGGGCAAAAAGGCGGCGUCCAAGGCUCCCACCCCAGGUCCCGCGCCUGCUCCUGCUCAAAACAACACACGACCUCCUCGGCACGCUCAUCCUCGUUACGGACUUAGGAACCUCAAUCAGGUGCAGGAGGAUAGGGAGAAGAGAGAGGCGGCGAAGCAGGCUGCGGACGCAGCGCGACGACAAGAGGCGCACGAUAAGAGAGUAGCCGCGAAGAGGAAGAGAGAGGGGGCGGCGCAGUAG